CGCGCAGCGAGAUUUCAUGCCAUUCAGCUGCUCUGCAUCAGCUCGACUGACCUGACUGGACUCGAAACACUUCACCUGCGAGGAGAGAGGAAGAGAAGGUGUUCAGAUCUCUUAUAGCCUACUACAGAAGAGCGAUGGAUUCGUGGAGAAUCGCAGCUUUGCUCCUUGCUGCCUGCCUCAGCGCGUCUGCUUCAGACCAUUUCGAAUCGGAGUGUUAUACAGCUAAUGGAGAGGACUACAGAGGUCGACAGAACCAAACAAGCCUGGAAGGAGGGAGGCCGUGUCUUUUCUGGAAUGAGACCUUCCAGCAUCCAUACAACACCAUCAAAUACCCCAAUGGAGAAGGAGGUCUUGGACCACACAACUUCUGCAGGAACCCAGAUGGAGAUGUUCGGCCAUGGUGUUACAUUGCAGAUCUCGAGGAUGGAAUCUACUGGAAAUACUGUGAUAUUCCGACUUGUCAAAUGCCUGGUAACCUGGGCUGUUUUAAGGACAGCGGUGAUCCAACACCUUUAUCUGGAGGCUACCAGACCUCCAACAAACUCACUAUUCAGAACUGCAUCAACUUCUGCCGCAACCAAAGAUACAAGCUUGCCGGGAUGGAAUCAGGCUAUGCUUGUUUCUGCGGCAACGACCUUGAUUAUCAUCGUCACGGUGAUGCUCCAAGCACAGAGUGUAACCAUGUGUGUUUUGGAGAUCACACUCAGCCAUGUGGAGGCGACGGACGUGUCAUAGUCUUCGACACAAAAGUAGGCGCUUGUGGGGGAAACUACACGUCACCCUCUGCAGUAAUCUACUCUCCUGAUUUCCCGGACAAAUACAGACCUGGCAGGGUCUGCUAUUGGACCAUUCAGGUUCCAGGUGCUUCCGUCAUUCUGUUCAACUUUACUUUCUUCAAUAUCGUGGAUCAGACUGAUAUGGUGGAACUGUUGGAUGGCUACUCCAAUCAGGUGGUGGCACGAUUCGAUGGCCGCAAUCCACCGCGGGACAUCGUGAACAUCACUGCAGACUUUGUCAUUUUGUAUUUUUACUCAGACAGGACAAAUGAGGCACAGGGGUUUUCUAUUCUUUAUCAUGCUUUCAGAAAUCAAGCAGUCUCACCUGUGGAGGAGGAUGAUGAUGGUGAUGAAGAGGACACCAGUACAGUGAGGCCCCGUACAGGAAGCACUACAGCAAAAUCAAAUACCAGUCAAAACGGAAAAUCCUCCCUCCGGUACUACGUAAUCACAUCAAGUCCUGCAAACAUGCCAGGUCAGUGGCCUGGACCGGGCCGGACCGAGCGCCACAGCACCAUGUGGACCAUCUAUGCAUUAGCUGCUCUGCUAACGCUAACAGUCAUAGCCAUGGUGGCCAAACUGCUGCUGCAUCUUACUGUAAAAUCCCCAUCCAUUCCAUCAAUCAGCGGGUCAGAUUCGUGUGCACAGAGCACUACGUCUGAACCCUGGAUCAUCUUCUACAGACCUUCUACCAUCUCUCUGUUUAAGAAGAAACUCAAGAACCACCAUGGAGACCUCAGCCCUCUCGUGGGAAACUAACCUUAACGCCUCUGACCUCUAUGGCUGCUUUAGCCCCCUAAAUGAUGCACACACUGUACGCAAUGCCGGUCUUCUGCUGCUGGGCUACAAAAAGGCAUCCGAUCGAUGCCUAAUUCACUUCAAAUGACCAGCGCAGGGUCCAGCCUAUAUGUGCCGAUCAGUUGUUGGUAAAAAACGAACAAACUGCGGAAAAAGAGCUUGACGCUAGCCGAUGCGCUUACUCUCGAUUUGCAUCUUAACCAAUCAUGUGACAGGUGCACACAUAAACCAAGCGAUUUGAUUAGCAAAAGAGUGCUGGGAUGUUUCUGUUGCCACAGACCAAAGUGAACAAAUGACCACUGGUGAAAAAUGAAUAGUGGCCCAGUCGUUUCUCCAGGUGCCUUCACAGAAGUGAUCAGCCGAUAAGCGUCUGCAUUAAAGCAAGCACAAGACUCCCUGUGGAGCACACUGAAAGACAAAACCACUUACAUAACCAAAAUAAUGCCACGGUACCCAACCAGCCCCUGUGGAGGAGAGAUACGAUUCUGUUUCCCUCGCUUUUUAACCUCUAAUGUAGGUCACCUGUUGUUGAGGAGCACAGAACUCCUUUCUUCAGAUGUAAGAGAGCUGGCUGAACCGGCGGAGGAUUG